UUAACUUGACAAACUUAUGACGGCUUCAUCUCUGCCUCAGCUGAAGAGUAACCGACGCAGCUGGGUUUGCAUCAAGUAUCAUCCUUAAAGAUAAAAUACAGAAUUUUGCCACUGCUUCAGAUUCCAGAAUACAAUUUUUAAAAGUUACUUGGAACUGCUAAGCAAAUGCAAUAAUUGUCAUUUGUCGUAACCCCAGCAACGAGCUACUGGGAUAGGAGGAAAAAAAAACAGAACAUCAAACCCGGCAAACAAAGAGGUCCUUUUUUCAACGCCAACAUUUUUCCUCCAUAUUCUAUAGUUAUGAGUCAUGUGGCCGUCGAAAAUGCCCACGGUCUAGAGCAGCAGCUCGCUGUCCUGGACUUGAGCGCACCGGAUGGACAAGGUGGAGGUACUAAUAGGCGAUAUAUUCCUCCACAUUUACGAAAUAAAGAUGCAUCCAAGAAUGUAGGAAAUGCCUUUGCUGCUGGACGACAGGGUGGCUACACCAUAGCACCUGCAGCUACUUACGGUUGGGACGGAGGGCGCAACAACUUUGUUAACGGCUACCAUGACAACCGCAUGGCCGGGAACUCCUUUAAUCGUGGCCCGCCCCGCAUGGAGCGAGGACGAGGUGGAGUUGGAGCAGGCGGUUACCGUGGCAACAGGGGCGGCUCAUUCAACCCCAUCAACCCAACGCAGCCAAUAGGCUUUGACACAAGCGGCUGGAACACUGCCAAGGACGCCUAUAGCAGUUUUGGCAAUAACCGAGGAAAGUCUGCCUUCUUCAAUGACAGAGGCAACGCUAAUAGAGGAAGGUUUGAUCACGGUGGAUUUGGUGGUGCUGGUGGUGGAGGAGGAGGGAACAGUCGCUGGGUGGAAGAGUCCAGAGACGAUGGAGACUGGUCCAAACCAACGACACGCAACGAACGCCUUGAACAUGAGUUGUUCUCCGGCAGUAACACUGGGAUUAACUUCGAGAAAUAUGAUGACAUUCCCGUGGAGGCUACAGGACAGAACUGCCCCCACCACAUAGAGAGUUUUCAGGAUGUGGACAUGGGGGAGAUUAUCAUGGGCAACAUCGCUCUGAGUCGUUACACCCGACCAACUCCUGUCCAGAAAUACGCUAUUCCUAUAAUCAAGUCCAAGAGAGACCUCAUGGCUUGUGCUCAGACAGGUUCUGGGAAGACGGCGGCCUUCCUGCUGCCAAUCCUCAGCCAGAUCUACACGGACGGACCAGGAGAAGCUCUUAAUGCAGCUAAAGCUUCUGGACAGGAGAAUGGAAAGUAUGGGCGUCGUAAGCAGUACCCCAUUGCUCUGGUGCUGGCUCCAACCAGAGAACUGGCACUGCAAAUAUAUGAUGAAGCCAGAAAGUUUUCCUACCGCUCCAGAGUGCGUCCCUGUGUUGUAUAUGGUGGAGCAGACAUUGGCCAGCAGAUUAGAGACCUGGAGAGAGGCUGCCACCUGCUGGUGGCCACACCUGGAAGACUGGUGGAUAUGAUGGAGAGAGGCAAGAUUGGACUGGACUACUGCAACUACCUGAUUCUAGAUGAGGCAGAUCGGAUGCUGGACAUGGGCUUUGAACCACAGAUAAGACGCAUUGUUGAACAAGAUACCAUGCCGCACAAAGGCAUCAGACAAACUUUGAUGUUCAGUGCUACGUUUCCUAAAGAGAUCCAGAUCCUAGCUCGGGAUUUCCUGGAGGAGUACAUCUUCCUGGCAGUGGGCAGAGUGGGUUCCACCUCAGAGAACAUUACUCAGAAAGUAGUGUGGGUGGAAGAGAGCGAUAAAAGGUCUUUCCUCCUGGACCUGCUCAGUGCAACAGUCAUCCCCAACGAGGUACAGGACAAUACUGGAGACAACAUAGAGAAACCUGGUAAGGACUCGCUGACUCUGGUUUUUGUGGAGACCAAGAAAGGUGCUGAUGCCUUGGAGGACUUUCUGUAUCGGGAGGGAUAUGCUUGCACCAGUAUCCAUGGCGACCGUUCCCAGAGAGACAGAGAGGAGGCCUUGAACCAGUUCAGAUCAGGAAAAUGUCCCAUUCUGGUGGCCACAGCGGUUGCAGCUCGAGGUUUGGACAUCUCCAAUGUGAAGCAUGUUAUUAAUUUCGACCUGCCAAGUGACAUAGAGGAAUAUGUCCAUCGUAUUGGGCGUACAGGACGAGUGGGAAACCUGGGGCUGGCCACAUCAUUCUUUAAUGACAAAAAUGGGAACAUCACUAAAGACCUGCUGGACAUCUUAGUAGAGGCCAAACAGGAAGUUCCUUCAUGGCUGGAAAGCCUGGCCUAUGAACACCAGCAUAAGAGCAGCAACAGAGGACGGUCUAAGAGGUUCUCUGGGGGUUUUGGAGCUCGUGAUUAUCGUCAAACAGCUGCAGGCGGGACCGCAGGAGCGUUUGGAGGGCGUGGAGGACGCAGCCAGGGAGGACACGGAGGCAACCGUGGCUUUGGAGGAGGGGGAUUUGGCAACUUCUACACAAGCGACGGCUACGGAGGCAACUACUCACACUCUCAAGUUGACUGGUGGGGCAACUAGGUGUCUCCAUCCUCUCUUUAUUCAUCUCUUCCUUCUCACUCACCCUCCAUCCUUUCUCUACAGUGUCUUCUACAUCCCAUCUGUCUUGUCGCCUCCAUUAUUCCCCAGAACCCACAUGCAUGUUAUUAAACUAUUUAUACACAUUUAUAUAGCCCCCCUGUCUAUCCCCAACUCACUCAUGUCUUCAUUAGCUUUAGAUUUUUCUUGUGCUUUUCAUCUCCACCUUUGUCUUUACAAAAGCUUCUUAAUUUCUUAAUAUGGGCCAAAUUAUUAAGGAAUUCUUGGAAUUUUACUUGGUUAUUUUUCCAACACUGGACACAGAUUUGUGCUAGCUUCCAGCUAACAGCAACGUUUGGUUUCAGUGAAGAAUUUUUAAAUCAUUUCUCCUUCAUGACGCUUGUCUGGAGGAAAAUGACCAAUUGUAGUUCAAGGUGUUCUGAACGGCCCGGAGAUAGGAUGUGUUACGAAUUACAGUGUGUGGACUUUUCUUAAACAGCUGUAGAAAGGGCAAAAUGUUUUUUUUUUUCUCCUCAUAUUUGAGUUUUGGCUUCAUUGUGUUUUUGUCAGUAUUCACCCAAAGCCAGUCAGGCUCAUUGUGUCACAUCAUCUUUGUAUUUACUGCAUGGCCAUGUUGUAAAUCACUGGCCAAAAACUUUUUCUAAAGUAUAGAUAGGCAAGACGUCAAAGUAAAAUAUGUCUGCAUAGAAAUUCAACUAUAGGAACUGGCUGAGGUCUCCUUCACUUAUAUGAUAGAUACAUAAAAGGGGCCACAGAAAAAGCAAAAUGUUUUGUUUUUAUUUUAUUUGAGUUCUGAGAAAGAAGACAACAAAGGGUCUGGACAAACUGAAAUACCCCAUCAGUGGAACACCAGCAGAUGUUAUUGCAAAUUCGUACUGAUGCUAGCAAGCAGUCUUAAGACUUGAGGUUGUUAAUUACAACAAACAUUUUCUUUCUUCUUUUAAGCAAAACAAUAUGGAGAAUCAUUUGUUUCUGUACUGUGCCUUUAAAAAGAUUAAACUUUCUCUUAUUUCUGUUUUAAAGCGUAACUGGCCGCAAGAAAAGGCCAAGAGCGACAAAAUAAUGUUUACUUGAUGUCAUGUAAUGGGGGUUUAAACAUGUAUUGCUUCGUUCCCAUUUUAAGGAAACAAACUAGGCUUGAACUAAAUCAAACCUUGGCAAAAACAAAAACUAAAAUAACUGUGAUGAGGACCCUCAAACAAAUUACUUAAUGUCUAUUGGUGUUAAAUUCAUCAGAAACGACUGAUGAGCUGAUUUCCCAAAGCUUAAAAGCACUGUAAGCAUAUACCCUCGUUCAGAGAGGCUAUAAAUGGGUCAAAUUGACUUAAAUUAAGAUAUCGUUUUGAGUAUUGUGACAGCGGUUUUAUGCUUUUGGGGAAACGGAGUCCUUCUCAUUCGAUCUGUGUCACACCAGCUCUGCUUUGAGCUUGCAGUUUUGUUUCUCAGAACCAUUGUUACACUAAUUGCUGGGUGAGUUGAGCCACAGAUAAACAUGCGUGCAGCAGAUGCCAUGUGCAGUGUAAAUGUAGUCCCUCAUAACGUGCUGUGUUGGGUAGCUUGUAUAACUGCAUAAAUACAGUGACAUCGCUGAUCUGCAGUAAUGUUAAAUCACAGGAGUGUUUAUGGUUGCUGCAAACAACCAUGGCAGAACUGAAUCAGACUGAAGUGGCUCUUCACCUUACUCUUAGUGCCUCCAUGCUCACGAGAAACUGGAUCUGCUUCCACUAAUGUUGUCAACCUUGUUUGUCAAAAUGUCCUUUCAAGGGUUUACACAACGUUAAAAAAAAAAAAAAAAGUUUAAAAAGGAAAAAAAAUAUCAUGCUCACUCUAUCCUGGAGAGUUAAAC